ACGGGGCGACGCGAAGGGGGAGAGAGGGGGAGAGGAGACAUCACUCCCGCACUCAGUCCCGCACUCCCAAACCACCCGCCCGCUCACUCACUCGGCAUAUACAUACGCACGCCCAGCUCGGCGACAGGGAGCACAUCAAGCAACAUGUCCGCCGAUAAAGGAGCGUACGCGCCGAUAGCGGACGUUCCCCUCGUUUGCAACAUAUACCGUCCGCCGCCAAAGUAUGUCAUCCCCGACCCCAUCCGAGCCCUGGUAACAACCCUCAUCGCCGACACACUCAAAUACGAUUUUGCACUCGAGAAGUCUGUUAUCGAUGAUGCAGCGAGAUUCAACACCCAGCGCGAAGCCGCUAAAGCCGAGCGGAUUGCUAGGCAACAGCAGCGUGAGACUGAGCGAUUGGAGAGGGAACGGAGGCAGGCACCCGGGUUGGAGGUGGGCGGUGGGAUCAUGCUGCCUUUGGCUUAUGAGAACGCAUCCUCAUCGACGGGUGGGGGUAAAAACACACCAUCCCCCAUCCCACCCCCAAGCGACGGAGUGUUGGGGUUAGACGGCAGGCGACUAGACACACCCUCCCCCAAUCCCCCAUCAUCCCACAACCCUCCGUUACCACUCCGACACCAGGAAGCGCGAAGCGGCACCGGCGCAGGCGGGAUCGACUACCUCCAAUUCGAGCAAGGGCUGCCCCCACCCGAUCCGUGGCGGACACAGGACGACGAUGACGAUCUGCGAUUGCUCAAGGAAGUCAUGUCGGCUCCUGAUCCAGUUCCCGCAUAUUCAGAGUCCGCAACCACAGGCGACGUCUCCACAACCCGUCCACACGACCUUAACCACUCGACAACAACCCACCCCCACCCUCACAUCGACGACGUAGUUUCCCGCGCCCGCGCCCUCCUCGCCAACCUCAACAUUCACGGCCCCUACCGUCGCGCAAAUAACAAAAACACAACAACAUCCGCAACCUACUCCUCAAUGUCCCAAUCACCCACCCACGCACCCCCCGUCCCUGCGCCGCCGCCCAAACCGGCGAAUUUGAACGUGGGGGGUGGGUAUGGGGGGGAGUAUACCAGGUCGCCGACGGGGCUUGGGGCGUCGAGAGAGUAUCCGGUUUUGCCGGGGGCGCGACCGGCGGGUGGAGGUGAUGGUGGCGGUGGUGGGAGUAGGGUGCCGAAUAUCCCGCCCCAUUUGCAGGAAACAUACGACAAAAUAACCCAAAUGGGCUUCUCCCCCGAUGCCACCGAGCGCGGGAUCCGUGUACACGGCAAAGACGAGAAGAGGGUCCUAGACUUUGUGAUAACCUUCCAAGAGCUCCUCCCCACGCACCACCCCGACGACAUCCAAGACGCGCUCAGCGCCGCGUACACACCGACAUCCCCCACCUCGCCCCAAUCGAAGACCGCAGGGAUCCCACCGCAGGACGGAAGUCGAGAACGUCGAUUUUUGAGUGCGUUUGUGGCGUUGAAGGAAUUGGGGUUUGAGAGGGAGGCGAUUCGACGGGCGCUUGUGAGGACGGGCGGGGACAGGGAGAGGGCUGUUGAGGAUCUUGUUGGUGGCGGUGGGGCGUGAGGUAGGAGGGGGGGAAUAUCUGAUGGAAAGGGUCAGUGGAUCCGCUCAUAUGUGACGAGGUCUCUUGUACAUUUUGCGGAUGUGUCCUGGAGGCGGUUGCUUGAAGUACUGUACUACUGUACAUAGAUUGUGCUGUGGUUCCCAGCAGUUGUUCUGUCCCAAUCAAUACAGGGGCGGGUUGAAGCGGAAUGCGGACGUGGACGCGUUGAGUCCCUUGUGCAGGCGAAACACAGACCACCCCAUCGCUCUGUCCGCGGGGCCGCCGCAACCUUCCCG